UCUCCUAAAUCCCACUUCGUCAAACCUCGCCACGUGUACAUAUCAAACCCGUGCCUCCUUUCGCCAAAAAAAACUUCCCUCCUUCCUCGUCUUCUGCACUCGUUACAUUACCAGGAAAAAAGCCAGAACGAGAAGAAUUCUAAAUAUCGCAUUGAGGCAGAGAAAUUCAGCUUCAAUCAUGGACUUCUGGAAUAAAGCUCGAAGCUUCGCCGAGGAAGCCGCGAAGCGUUCUCAAGAGCUGACCAAGGAAGCCGCCAAGCGAUCCCAGCAGCUCACUAUCGGCUCUUCCAAGUUCUCCGACAUCGUUUUGGAAACGGCUAAACGCUCUAAGGAGAUUGCCGCUGAGGCCUCUAAACGCUCUCAAGAGAUUACUAUUGGUUCCUCGAAGCUAUCCGACAUCGUAUCGGAGACGGCUAAGCGUUCCAAGGAGAUAGCUGCCGAGGCUUCGAAACGAGCCGACCAGAUCAAGAUUGAAGCCAUCAAGCGAGCUGAUCAGAUAAAGUCCUUAGCCGAAGGGAUCACGCCAUCUGGUCAUCUCCCGCGCACGGACUCUACAGCAGAGGCGCAGCAGGAGGAAAAGGAGAAGGAACUCGAGAGAUUCGGUAUAACGGAGGAGUUAAGAGAGUUUGUGAAAGAAAUUACUUUGAGCACAUUUCAAGAUUUUCCAUUACCAGAUGAUUCGGAGAUAUCUGAUGUGCCCACGGUGUCAAAUGUGAGACAGGAUCUUACUGAGUGGCAAGAAAAGCAUGCCAAACUCGUGUUAUCAACUGUCAAGGAAAUAUCAAAGUUUAGAUAUGAGUUGUGCCCACGUAGUAUGAAAGAAAGAAAAUUCUGGAUGAUAUAUUUUAUUCUAGUGAACAGUCAUGUUGCACUCUAUGAGAAGCGGUACAUGGAGCAGGCUGCACAGGAUUCUGUGGAGUAUGUAAAAGGCAAUGAAGUGGAGGAACCUCCAAAAGCCACAGUAACUUCUAAACAGGAGGUGAAAAAACCAAACCAGCAAACUAAAGCAUCAUCCCUAUCAUCUGCUGACCAAGAUUUGGAUGUAUUCCUCCUGGGUGGAGAAAGUGAUGAAGGCCCAGAUGAUAGUGAUGGGACCUUUGAUGAUGAUUUGGACAAGAUGGUGGAUAGUUCGGAUGAUGAGAAAAGGAAGCUAUAGACUACUGCUUCUUAAAAUUUCAAGAGAGAAGCUGCAUUGGCCGUUGGAAUAAGCAACUCACUGGGAGACCUUCUGCACAUAAAAGCUUUAGGUUCAUCAGUAUUGUAUUCUCAUUGCUGCACCUCUCUUUAUUUCAUUCCAUUGAUUUCUGUGUAAAGAAUGUUUAUUAAUUUUUUUUCAUUGGUUACAAUCUCUUCUUUUGUAAAUGUAAAUGUUCAGUUUUAGAGUUUGUACUUGGUUUUAUCUUUUCAUUUCAUUUUCUUAUCAAAAGUAAAUAGAAAUCCACUUUCUAAAUGUA